AUGUCCUCCAGGCCUCAAGGUGGUGGCCCUUAUGGCCGCCAGCGCUAUCACGGCCCCAUCAAGGGAGACGAAUCCGUCGACGAGUCUGAGGAGUGCCUUCGCCUAGUUUGCUAUGAGGGAGGCGCCAGCAACGACGAGAGAACUCCCUCGCUUUUUGGAGACAAUCGCCAUUCCCGCAGUCGAGACCGACCUUCGAACCACCCCGGCGGCAUGACGCCCCAGGGACACAGCGGCUUGGGACGCUACCAUGACCGCGAUCUCCUCCACCAGCACAACAUCCAGUAUCUCUCCCUCUAUGGCACUAAUCAUGUGCGCCAGAGCGUCAAGAAUAUCUCCGAGGCAGUCAUUCGCCAGCAUCGGGAAGUCCCUGGCGUCACCUCGGAGAGAAUCGGCAAUGAUCCGGAGCUUCAUCGCCUAGAGGAGGUUGGAACGCUCUCUAUGGUCGAGGGUUACUUUAUUCCGCUCUUAUCCCCACCAGCCGACAGCUGCGUUCACUGUGCCAAAAAGCAAGCCCUCUACUCUGGAGUAGUGCCUCACGUGAAGAGCCUGGAGGCUCCUAGACCUCCAACCCCGACUAUGCUUUAUGGCUAUAGCCUUGGAAUGUUUGGGGCUGCCGAGAGAGAGCAGUCGGCUGGAUCGGUUCUUGUAGAGGCAGAAGCCACCAGAUCAUGCCUCCUUUAUCCGUUCUUGACCAUCGACAUGCAAGGUGACGGGCCAAUCUCGACAGGAUCUUUAUGGGCUGCAAGCAACACAUGUCUCGCCAGCUCUGCCGCCUGCGUUGCCCUAGUCAACAAGCUCGAGCACCGUGUGCGCCAAGUCCCGGCCCUUUUCACUCGUGUCGCUCCCGAGCUCAACAAUGUCGCCUUCGGCAUCGCCAUGAGCGGCACCGAGGCUCGACUCUUUGUCACCUACCAAAUGGAUGAAGGCAAGUACGGCAUGUACAAAGCCAAGAGCUUCCUGCUCCAAGAUCCAGACGACCACAUCAGAUUUCGCAAAUGUGUCCUGAACAUUAUCGACUGGGGCCAGAAGCGGCUCGUCAAGAUCAGAGAGGCUCUGACAUACUUACGACUACACGGGGCGAAUCAGGGUAUGAUGAUGCCCGACUUCAUGUACCGCGACGAUGAUUACCGCCAUGGGGAGAUCUAA